GGAAUCUUGCAUUCCGUACUUGGCUACCUACCUACAUCACUCGCUCAAUAUGUGAAAUAAUGGGUAAGUAUACUUGUAACUUGUAAAUUCCAUAAACUGAGGGAGAAGUGAGGUUGAAGAUGCCAAGCAUUUGCCUGGCCAGGGCCAGGCACUCGCCAAUCAGCUGUCACGGCAUGGUGCGGGAUCCUGCCGCUGCGGCAGCUGCAUCCCGAUUCCCGAACCACCCUGACAAGGCCCGGCUUUGUUGUUUAUUCUAUCGUGAAUAUUUCUGGACUUUCUCUUGGCUGGUGUGGAAGCACAACAAUAUUCCCUCGCCGUUGCCCUUUGCCUCCCGUGUCGGACACACCUCAAUGCCCUAGGAAUCCCGAAAAUGCCAUUAUGACUUCCCUUCAGACCAAUCCCACAUCUCUUACCCGCUCAAGACCGACUCGUGCGACAACCAACCCACAGAGGUUCAUCAACACAAGGGCAACCGCCGCAGCGGCUUCCGCAGCCAGCAGUACAGCAGCCGGUGGUGCUCCCUCACCAAUCCCGACGACCGCUUCGAACGUCUCUCUAUUUCUCACAAACUUGCGCCUCUUAGACCUCGACUUGCACCCCGAUUGGCCUGGCAUCAACCCGCUGACCUUCACCGCCAAAGAUGCUGCGCAGGGCCAGAAGAAGCGCAUCCAGUGUGUUGAAUGGGCGCUAUACCAACUGUUUACGCUCUGGGACCCGGAAGAAGCACGUAAUAAGCUGCAGCCCUUCUUCCCUCCACUCGACCAGGUCCAAUCCCUAAACCUCCGCGCGGCCCUCCUCCGCGGCCUCGAACAUGCCAAGAAGAAUGGCGUCCUCGGCCGAGACGCGGUUGUGCGCAAGACAAUGCUCGACGAGUGCAAGGGUGAGCGGCUGGAGGAGGUGCUUGCCGUCUUUUCUUCUGCCGUCCUCAAGAAGCUGGUUGCCGAGCAGCAGCUGAACGAACCGGAAUACCCUGCACUGGCGCAGACGCUGGCCCUCGAGCAUCGUGGCUACUCCUCUGAGAGGACCGAACUCAACACGCUCGUCCUCGCCCACAAGGCAUCGCUGGGCCGGUUACUGCGGGACAAGAAUGCGGCUCGGGCCCGGUUCCGUGAUUUUGCUGAGGUGUUGGAUCUGAAGGAGCGGUCCUUGGUCCGUCGCCGCGAGCAGGCCAAGGUGCUGGAGUCCCAGGAACAAGACAGCGGCAAAGACUUGAUUACGGACGACGUCAAGUUGGACGUGUGGAGGACAGUCCGGCACAACUGGUCCGGCAAUGAACGGUGGAUGGAAACGCUGCUCUACGGGGAUUCCAACUCAAAAAAGGACGGCCUAUUGUCUGCCCCCUUCGACAGGGUAUGGCGGAAGGUCCAGUCGGGCCGCCUCAUGGAAUUGGAGGACCAGGCCGGUGGAUUGCUUGAGCAGCUGGACAGGCGGGUCAACGUCCAGAGAGACCGCCUACAGAGGUGGCAGGACUUCCGGGUCAAGAUGUUCGGUAAGGUUGCAGGCGAGCCCAUGGGCAAGCCCGCCGAACCGUCAAGAAGGCAAAGGGGCAUUGACUUGGGGUUUGGAGCUCACGAAAACCUCCAUUUGGGCCGCUUAAGCCCCAGGAAACUGGCUCUGAGCAAGCCCCGCAAGUUAGCUGGCGAAUACGAGGACUUAGUUGAGGGGCUCCGUGAGGAGCUGGCCAGACUCGACAAGGGAAAUCAGACUUUCGCUGUACUUCCUAGGGCUCGCCAUCGCGAGAAUCCCCCACAGCAUCGACCAGAAACACCGGGAGAGGAUGUAAUAUCGGAGCUUAGCGAGCUGGAGGAUGAACCUGUCAUGCCUGCAGUCGUCAACGACAAACCUGCGAGGGCGAUGGACUCGGAACCCCAAUUCGGACCCAUCAUCCGGAAAAUCAAGGCCUUCGACCUCAACAAGCCCAAGCCCAAGGUGACCGAGAUGAAAACGGCAGGUCAUCGACGACAACAGUCUUCCUCCAUGCAGAAUGAACCAGUCGCGUCCCCUGAGACGCCACCUCCAAAGGCAACCUUGACCAGCGAAACCGAGAGGCCUACAACCCCUGGUGCACGACCUCCUGCACAACGCACAGCGCCUGCCCGCAAUGAUUCUCCUCCCAGAUCCAUAAACAUUUCCCCAGAACGGCCCGUAUCCCCAACUCAGCUCAUGGCAGAUCAGAUUCUGGCGUCGAUGAACGCUGCCUCCCCAUCCCCUGUGAAGAAACCACGGCACACUCUCUCCCUCGCCCAGCGAACCCGACUCUCAAUGGCCCGCCGUGGCUCCCAUGCCCCCGGACUCGGCAGCCAGGACGAAGACGACGAGCCCGAGCUGGAGCUGCUUUCGCCACGCAGUCCGCCAACAGUCACGGUCGAGGCGCCCAGACCCAGCAUGCAAGACGUCCCCGAAGACGACGAGCCGCAGUACGAAGACCUCGUGGCGCGCACGAGGCGUAGCAUGGCGGGCUUCGAGGCGGUGCGGCAGAAGGCGCAGCUGGAACGGAGGCGUUCCCAGCGCAAGUCGAAGCAGCUCGCCGUUUCUGUCAACAGGCGGGACGGCAGCAGUUACUUCCCCUCGGUGGACGAGGAAGGAGACACCACGCUGUUGCUGGCCGAGGAGCUAAUGAAUAAUGAGCGCGAUGACCCCGAGGCCAUUUUCAAGAGCCGGCCGAAGAUCAAGACAAGUCCGGUCGGAACACCAGUCAAGGGGUUGGGGGACUGAUGGAUGGGUUUUCGUCUAUUAGAUCUAGAACUCGCACCAAGGUACAACUCCAUGCAGUAAUCUAUAUUCUUCUUCAGAACCGCCACACGUGGAUAUCCCGCGAGACAUUCAUCUUCGUACAGAUGAAAUGUGAUUCGGUCCCAUAUGGGUUGCUGAUCUCCGCAGACCAAACAACUUGGGAUUCUGUAGACCGCUCCCAACCAUAUCACAGUUUACAAGCCUAGGCUGGAUAGAAAGCCAGGCACCUUGGGAC